GAAAGAGUCAAGAAUACAUCAGACACGGUUUCUGUGGAUUCGUAUCACCUACAGUGAAACAACGUUUCCCAAAGUUUGAUUGAACAUGUUCUUAAUAGUAAAUAUCGCCUGCACUGUUUGAAGGCACAUACGUGGCUAGUUGCUUUGCCUUCCGCUUCGCUCUUCUGCCAUAUUGCCACCUAGGAGUUUUUGCCGAUAGACGCACGGACGGAGUCCUGCAAAGCCCUCACAAUGAUUCAUAGUUUAUUUCUGAUCAACUCUGCUGCCGAUAUUUUCCUGGAGAAGCACUGGAAGAGUGUCAUCAGCCGAUCGGUCUGUGAUUACUUCUUCGAGGCGCAGGAAAAGGCCGGAGAUCCUGACAAUGUGCCGCCAGUCAUCCGUACCCCACACCACUACCUAAUAAACAUCUACCGGGACAAAAUCUUUUUCGUGUCUGUCAUCCAGACGGAAGUGCCCCCGCUCUUCGUCAUAGAGUUUCUACAUCGAGUGGCAGAAACAUUGCAGGAUUAUUUUGGGGAAUGUUCAGAAUCUGUCAUUAAGGACAAUGUUGUGAUUGUGUACGAGCUUCUGGAAGAGAUGCUGGACAAUGGCUUCCCUCUGGCCACCGAGUCCAACAUCCUCAAAGAGCUCAUCAAACCACCAACCAUCCUACGCUCUAUGGUCAACACCAUCACAGGCAGCAGUAACGUGGGAGAGACGCUCCCCACCGGCCAGCUCUCCACCGUCCCCUGGAGGCGGGCGGGGGUCAAAUACACCAACAACGAGGCCUACUUCGACGUCAUCGAGGAGAUCGACGCCAUCAUUGACAAGUCUGGAGCGACUGUGUGUGCAGAGAUCCAGGGUGUGAUCGAUGCGUGUGUGAAACUCACUGGCAUGCCAGACCUCACCCUGUCCUUCAUGAACCCCCGUCUCCUUGACGACGUGAGCUUCCACCCGUGCGUGCGAUUCAAGCGCUGGGAGUCGGAGAGAGUCCUCUCCUUCAUCCCGCCUGACGGCAACUUCCGCCUCAUGUCUUACCACGUCAGCGCACAAAACCUUGUGGCCAUCCCCAUCUACGUGAAGCAGAACAUCAGCUUCUUUGAGAGCGGGUCGUCGGGGCGCUUGGACAUCACCGUGGGGCCCAAGCAGACGAUGGGCAAACCCGUGGAGGGGCUGGUGGUCAGCAUCCACAUGCCCAAAGUGGUGCUCAGCGUCAGCCUCACCGCCUCGCAGGGCACGCAGAAGUACGACGCCGUCACCAAGGUCCUGGUCUGGGACAUUGGGAAGCUAAACCAGCAGAAGCUGCCCAACCUGAAGGGCAGUCUGAGCCUGCAGUCGGGGGCCCCCAAACCAGAGGAGAACCCCAGCCUCAACAUCGACCUCAAGAUCCAGCAGCUGGCCAUCUCAGGUGUCAAAGUGAGCAGGUUGGACAUGUACGGGGAGAAGUACAAGCCCUUUAAAGGCGUUAAGUACAUCACCAAAGCCGGCAAGUUCCAGGUGCGGACAUGAGGGUGGAAUCCAGCCAGCGGGAGAUGUAGAUACGCCGUGCCAAAAACGAUGUUUUGGUUCUGUCACCAUCUUCAAAAUGUCUAAUUAUGGAAGUUCUUAAGCCUUAUACAUAUUUAGUUUACGUCAUCUCAAACACAAGUGAAUUCUCACCAUGCCUGAUUAUUUUGCAAAAAGGAAAAAAAAAUGGGGAAAAUUAGAAUUUGGUUUGAAAGGGAAAGGCCUUAUUUUUCAUUUUAUCAAAAUGUAUUUAUCUUCACUGUAAAAAUGAGGAUUGCACCAUGUAUCUUGUAUUUAGUUUGGGAUUUUUUUUUUUUUUUUUUAAGAUUUAGUUGGAUGUUAUUCAAUAUUGUGCCAUUCCUUACAUCAGUAUUGCUUCUUGCUGUCCCAUCCAAAGCAAUGCCUGAAGAACUAUUGUAUUCAUUGUGUGUCUGUGUCUGUGUCUAUGUUUGUGUGUGCGUGUGUGCGUGCGUGUCCGCCUGUCUGUCUGUCUGUGCGUGCGUCUGUGCGUGCGUCUGUCUGUCUGUGCGUGCGUGGUGAAUACUGCAUGUGACAUGAAAUCACUCCAUCUACUUUCUGGCAGCCCCAUCCUUCAGGAGAGUAGAAGCCCAGAGACACUUGCGCUCUCUUUUCUUGCUCAUGGGUAGAUUGGGUAGGGGAGGGGAGGGUGUGUGGAUACCUGGUCAGGAAUAGAAAGUACAGGAGAGGCAGGGGGGACUACAGGUUUGAGGGGGUGGGUUGGCCACCAAGACAGGUGAGAAGUAAAUGGGAGAAAGGACUGACGUGUGUGUGUGUGUGUGUGUGUGUGUGUGUGUGUGUGUGUAUGUGUGUUACCAGACGACCUGCAGAGGUGAGGUGUAGCAGGCUUUAAGGCACAGCAGACUCUCAGCUUUGGGCAUUUAAUCAGCCCUUUGCCAUAGAGCCAAAGCACACAGCCAGGGUGAGAGAGAGUGUGUGUGUGUGUGUGUGUGUUUGCGUACUUGUGUGUGUUGCCCCAAUCUCUGGCAGCAGACUGCUGUCUCAGAGAGACGGGCUGUGUCGUGCUUAGCCAUUUGUUGCCUUGGGAACCAUCCAGUUCCAGCAGGUAUCUUUGUGAAUGCAGCUGUUUAUCACUUUGCCCCUCAGUAGCCCUUAGUGAGCCAUCAGUGGAGUGGUGUUGCUAGGCAACCCCUCCAUCUUCAGCCUCCAUCACUGAGCAGCUGCUCUGAAAGGAACCUUCUAUGGAGGGUUCCUCUGAACCAGUUCCUGUAAAAAAAGGUGCUCUUUGCUCAUGUAGAAAGCCCGUCUGGAAUGAUGCCGUUUGUGAAAGCCCGUCUGGAAUGAUGUUGUUUGUGAGCGCCUGGAAUGAUGGCGUUUGUGAAAGUAGAAUCAUUACUGUUACACAGCCCUGGAAAUGCACAUAGAAACUAUGGAAACACUUAGCUACCUGUUUGCACAAACACCAGAGACACAAUUCCCUUUACUGCAGCGUGACCAAUAAGUGUGUGUGUGUGUGUAUAUGUAUGUGUGUAUGUAUGUGUGAAUGUGUGUGUGUGUGUGUGUGUGUGCGUGUAAAGGGAACAACUAAUGUUAAAAAUACAUAUUUAAAAACCAAAAGCCUUCACAUUGCUGAGAAAUGUUAAAUAAAAACGUAAUACUGA